GUUCAAUGCAAAGACGAAUAAUAUAAAAUAACCAUAAAAAUAGGAGAAAUAUAUCAAUUAACUACAACAAGUUCGUUAAAGAAAAUCAACAAAGUUAAGCAUUAACAAAUCUAAAAAUGGGCUGCAAGGGAUGUGAUAAAAACUGUCAAUGCUCUACCACCAGAUGUGGCGAUAAUUGCGCUUGCAACAACGACUGUCAAUGUGUUUGUAAAAAUGGACCCAAAGAUAAAUGUUGCGAAAAUAAAAACUAAUUUUGUUUUAAUAAAAACUGAAAAUUCAUGAAUUUCAAAUAAAAAA